AUGCUGAUUCGUCCUGAUGGGGAAACGUUGGAUGCGUUUGGCUACGAAGCGGAGAACAACUAUUCUGACCUGGCAAUGGAGGAGAGUCACACGCAGUGGUUCUACUUUCGAAGAUUUAAGAUGAAGUUGUUCAGACAAGGGGGUGUUGGACGUACACUUAUGCUCGAAGACGAAACCGGAAAGAAGGGUCUUUCAGCAAAAACUGUGUUUACGGGGGCAAUUAAAUAUUUGAAGAACGAUUUGCUAAAAGAAUCCGAGAAAAGAAUAUCAGGAGGACCUGGUGUAAUUGCCGCAUUCAAGGAAAAUCACAUGGAAGACUAUAUUGACCUGUUUCGCGACUUUGAACUCAAUAAGAGAGACAUCUCUACGAAGAAGAGUGGUGGAAAGAUUAAUCUUAGUAUGCCGGUGGCAUUGGUUGAAACCGUCAUGGAGGUCACUGGCAAAACAAUCAAGGAAACCAUUUUGGGGUCAGCGUACAGGGAACGUAUACAGCUUCAUGGGAACAAAAUCCGAGUUGACGUCGACAUUGUCAUUAAGCUGUUUUCCGAACCAGUUACCAGCAUUCUAAACCACGUAUCCACUCUUCUAGAAGAAUCUGCUGUGCGUGGUUGCAACACGAUUGUCAUGGUUGGUGGAUUUUCGGAAUCGCCAAUAUUGCAGGAACGUGUCCAGAAACAUUUUUCUGGAAUGUCUGUCAUCGUCCCAAACGAAGCAGGGCUUGCUGUGUUGAAAAGCGCGGUGAUAUUCGGACACAGUCCGACUAAUAUCGCUCAAAGGGUUUGUAAGUUUACGUAUUGGUAUGACACGACCCAUAUUUACUCUGACACAUGUUCGCACUCAACAGGAAGACGUGAAACAAACGAGAAUGGAGAUAUAAGAUGCUAUGAUAUAUUCAAAAUACAGGCAAAGGUAGGUGAAAAGGUAAAAUUUUACGAAGAGGGUCCUGAGUCGAUAGUAAGUCCUAUUUCUGCUUCUCAAAACGCAAUUGGAUUUGAAAUUUACGCCAGUUUAAAUCCGAAGCCAAGUCAUACGACUGAAAAGGGAUGUUCAGAGAUAGGCUAUCUAGAAAUACCAAUCAAUGACACUUCACUAGGAAAAGGUCGCAAAUUUGGCGUUCGUUUUAUUUUUGGUGGAACUGAGAUUGAGGUGAAAGUGGAAGACAAAGCAGAUAAGCAAGUAUUUCGAAAAAGAGUGGACUUCCUUUGA